UCUUUACUAGUACUAGGUAAGGACUUGUGAAGUACAAGCAAGAAACAUCAACUUUUCCAAAGGAGGGUUCCUCAAGUGGAUUUGAAGGCUCCACAUGUUGGCCCAUUUCUAGAACCAUAGAGAUUUGAUCAAAUUUCCCAUGUCUAUUUCUUGUUCCUCCACACUCCUGCAACUGCAACUGUGCAAGUCCUAAUCCCCAACUCCAAAUUCAAUUUUCACAGCAAAAUCUCUAUUUGUAUUAAAUUCCUUGACAGAAUUUGUUGGGCCAUUUAUACACAAACCCCAAAUUCAAUCUUGAUUUUUCAAUCCAUUCCAGCCAAAAAAAGCCAACAAAUGCUCAGAAUUCUCCCUCUCCGGCGAUCCCACCGCCGCCUCCUAUCUCCACCCGCCGCCGCCAUUUCCAGAACCCCUUUGAAUCAUCAUCAUCAUCCUCCCUCGUUUUCCACUGUUUCUCCUCCGCCGCCGUCGUCCUCUUUCGAUUCCGAGCUCCGUAAGUACCUCGGCUAUGGCGCCCUCGUCGUGUUCUGCGGCGCCGCCACUUACUACUCCUUCCCUUUCCCCGAGAACGCCAAGCACAAGAAGGCCCAGAUCUUCCGAUACGCUCCUCUCCCCGAGGAUCUCCACACUGUGUCCAAUUGGAGCGGGACUCACGAGGUUCAGACGCGGGUGUUUCAGCAGCCGGAGAAUUUGGAGCAGCUGGAGCAAGUGGUGAAGGAGGCUAACGAGAAGAAGGCCAGGAUUCGGCCGGUUGGGUCCGGGCUUUCGCCUAAUGGGAUUGGGCUGUCGAGGAUGGGGAUGGUGAAUUUGGCGUUAAUGGAUAAGGUUUUGGAAGUGGAUAAGGAGAAGAAGAGGGUUAGGGUUCAGGCGGGAAUUCGAGUUCAGCAGCUUGUGGAUGGAAUCAAGGAACAUGGGCUUACUUUACAGAACUUUGCGUCUAUCAGGGAGCAGCAGAUUGGUGGCAUCAUUCAGGUUGGUGCACAUGGUACUGGUCCAAAAUUGCCUCCCAUUGACGAGCAGGUCAUCGCUAUGAAAUUGGUCACACCAGCCAAGGGUACAAUAGAGAUUUCCAAAGAAAAAGACCCAGAGCUGUUUUAUCUAGCUCGCUGUGGUCUCGGGGGCCUUGGAGUGGUUGCUGAAGUUACCCUCCAGUGUGUUGAGAGACAGGAACUUGUGGAGCACACAUACAUUUCCAACAUGAAUGACAUCAAGAAGAACCACAAGAAAUUAUUGACUGAUAAUAAGCACGUGAAAUAUCUGUAUAUUCCUUACACUGAUGCUGUCGUUGUUGUGACUUGCAAUCCUAUCUCAAAAUGGAGAGGUCCUCCCAAGUUGAAACCAAAAUAUACUAGUGAUGAAGCCAUACAACAUGUUCGUGAUCUCUACGCGGAGUCCCUUAAAAAAUACAGCACUAGUGACGAAACAGACAUAAAUGAGUAUUCAUAUACUGAGUUGCGCGAUAAACUACUUGCCCUCGAUCCUCUUAACAAAGAGCAUGUCACGAAAGUUAAUCAAGCAGAGGCUGAGUUCUGGAGGAAGUCGGAGGGAUAUAAAGUUGGAUGGAGUGAUGAAAUUUUAGGUUUCGAUUGUGGUGGCCAACAAUGGGUCUCCGAGACUUGCUUUCCGGCUGGUACUCUCGCAAAGCCUAGCAUGAAAGACAUUAAAUAUAUAGAGGAUUUGAAGCAACUUAUUGAAAAAGAAAACAUACCUGCACCUGCUCCUAUUGAGCAACGCUGGACGGCUUGUAGCAAGAGCCCCAUGAGUCCAGCUUCAAGCUUGGCACAGGAUGAUCUAUUCUCUUGGGUCGGAAUAAUCAUGUACCUGCCUACUCUGGAUGCGCGCCAGAGGAAGGAAAUAACAGAGGAGUUCUUUCACUAUAGGCAUCUCACCCAAUCACAGCUAUGGGAUCAAUAUUCUGCCUUUGAACACUGGGCUAAGAUUGAGGUUCCAAGGGACAAGGAAGAGCUUGCAGCCCUUCAAGCAAGACUUAGGAAACGGUUUCCUGUCGACGAAUUCAACAAGGCACAGCGGGCAUUGGACCCGAACAAAAUUCUUUCAAACAACAAGUUAGAAAAGUUGUUCCCAUCCAACGACGCUGUCUGAGUAGCAUAGAAUGCUCUCUGUCUUUGUAAUAAGAAGUUGGGUAAUCAGUUGGGUAGGUGUUUAUUAUUACUACAAUUAUUCACAGGAAUGAUGUAUUUGUGUUCUCCUGUGGUAUAUUCUUUUGGAAAAAUUUUGAAAAUUUUAUUGGCCAUAAGAAGUAUACUUGAGGGAAGAGUUUCGUUUGGGAUUA